UCAGACGAUCAAGUGCGGCGGUCGAGUCGAGAAGUCUCUCUGUCAAAUGAAAAUGGGGUCCAAAACGGAAACAGAAAUUCUCAAAUAUUCUAUGUCAGAAGACGAUCCUAAUUCUAAUAUACAGUAUAAGGAAGAAAAUGACCUUGCUGUAAAACCUCGUUGGGGACCAUCACAUGCUGGGGCAAAGGAGUUAGCUAGUCAGUACACUGCUGGUAAAAGAAAACAAGAAACAGUCUGUUUAGUUAUCAGUAUUGGAUUAUUUAUAUAUAAUUUCAUCAAUUUAUUAUGGACAUUCCAGCUAUGUAAUAUAUACACGAUGAUAAUAUCUGCAUUGUUGGGUAUUGUGACAGCUGAUUUUUUAAGUGGUUUAGUUCACUGGGGAGCAGAUACAUGGGGUUCUGUGGACUUACCAGUCAUUGGUAAAUCUUUAUUACGUCCAUUUAGAGAACAUCAUAUAGAUCCUACAUCUAUAACUAGGCAUGAUUUUAUAGAAACUAAUGGUGAUAAUUUUGCUGUUGUUAUCCCUGGGUUGGCAUACAUAGCCUAUGGAUUUAUGUUUAGAAGUAAUGAAGAAAUACAAGCACAGUCCUCUUUGUAUUGGUAUAUAUUUUUAUUGGCGGUAUUUAUAAGUAUUACUAAUCAGUGUCAUAAAUGGUCUCAUACCUACUUUGGUUUACCACGCUAUAUAACAAUAUUCCAAGAUCUUCAUAUUAUCUUACCCAGAAAACAUCACAGAAUACAUCAUGUGGCACCACAUGAGACAUACUUUUGUAUCACAACAGGUUGGCUCAAUUACCCAUUAGAACUAAUUAAAUUCUGGCCAAUGUUAGAAAAUAUUAUAGAAAGAUACACUGGUUGUAAACCUCGGGAUGAUGACUUUAAAUGGGCCAAGAAGACUGAAUAAAGCUACAAUUCUUAAUAUUUAUUUUUUUACCUCCUGAGCUACUUUUUUGAUGUAGUUGUAACGAACAUAAUAGAGCUUUAUAUUUGUGAAAUUCUCAGAGCUGUGAACAAAACUGUAAAUAUAACAUGUGUCUAUGCUUCAAUCCUUCCUGUCUUUAAUGGUCUUCUUGUAUAAGAUUUUUAUAACAAAUUCCAUGACAUAUUUAAAUAUUGCUAUUGAUAUAUAAUUUGCUAUUUUAAAAAGCUUACAUCAUCAUGGUAACAAGUUAUCACCAGUGAUAUUCAUUUCUUUAUAAGAAAAUUUGCUUGCAUGAGAUUAUGCUUGACAUCACAGAGUAUUUUUUUUUUUAAAUCUAAAAUGAUGUCAACGGGCUGAUUAAAUGAACCUGUGUUAGCUUUUAUGGAUAAGUUUGUAAGGGGCAUAACUCUUAUAUAUGGGGAAUGUCUUCCAAGUACAGCUUGCAACUGAUCUGCUAUCACAUUAUCAUAAAAUAUUUUUAUUAAAUAAUAGUUGUUUUGGAGUGAUGCUGCCAUGCUGGGUUAUUAGAUGUUACAUGUUUUAUUACGAUGUUAUGGUUGUUUUUAAGAGUCUACUCGAACUUGUGUGAUAAUUGUUUAUAUCAUUAGCUUCCAUACUCCUGGACACAGGAGUAGGUGUAAUCUAUUAGACUUUGCAUGAUCUGUUAAGCAAUGGUAAUGAUGAAUUUAUGUUGACACUACAACCAAAAGGAAUUUUAAAAAAUAUGUUGAUUGCUUUUGAUAUGUCAACAUAGAAACAUACAUUGUAGUUGUAUAUUUCUUUCCCCCCCCCCCCCUUUGUCGGUAAUUUAUCGCGAACACUCUGCAAUUAUAUAUGUUGUCUACAUUAGUGAGAGAAGGCAUUUAUUGAAUUUCAAGGAAGUCUGAUUAUAACUUUCAAUCACACAUUAAAGUUAACAUCUGAUGAGUUUGUAAUAAUUAUUGAAAUUGAGAAGCCUGUCGAAUUGGUAUGAAAGUUGCUGUUUAUAUUGCAAGUGUGUUAUCAUUCAUAUAAUUUAACCAAGUUCAUUUUUAUGUGUAGAUAUAGAGAUAGAUUUGUCAUUUCAACACUUUUCUAUGUUUUUAAUAUAUUUUUAAAGACUGUAUAAAUUACUAAUAGCUUGUCACAAUCACUUAUACAAAACUUUAUGUACAUUUUUUAAAAUAUCUUAUUUCCUUUUUAUGGUAAAUUAGGGUAAACAUAUAUAAUAUACCAUAGUUUGUCAUGUCUCCCGACAUUUGUUUAUUGUAGUAUUUAUUUUGAAUUGAAUAAAUUGUUUGUAUUAUUAGUUAUAUCAGUUCUUCAGUCCAGAAUCUUUUGUCCUGGAGUAUUAUUAUAAUCUAGACAUUUUGUGCCUUAUAUCAAAAUCAAAAAAUUAAAGUAACUUACAUCAAUAUACACAGAUAAGAGUUACAAAUUUAUGACUUAGUUACAAGAAAAUCAUAUGACAAUCUAGCAUUAUUGUAUCCAAAAUUAUGAUUAGGAAUAAUGUAAAUCUUAACUUUAAAUACAAAUAAUCACUGAUAACACAUCCUUCAUUAUUUAGACCUGUCUUCAAGGUAUGUCUAUAUCUGUCAUAGAGUAGUUUAACCCUAUUUCCCCACAAUAUGCUUGGAUGUUGAUUUUUGUCCUGCAGUAAUACUAUAUUUUAUAUAUAUAUAUAUAUGUGUAGUUUAUAAGUCAUUUUGUUGUGUUACUGUUUUGCUAUGAUAUAUAUAUUAUUUUCAGAUUGUUAUAUUGUCAGGUCAAAUUGUAAAUUAUUUCAAUCAAUCAUAAUUUGAUGUUAAUAAAAUGUCCCAAGUA